AAUAAAAUAAAUAAACACUCCUACGUCACGUGACAAAAUUCUGUCCAAGAUGGCGUCUUAAUCUGAAAGAGACAACAGAGACCACCUGAUCUCAGCCAGUAAGAAUAGGGCGAGCAUUAAAGAGAGGACGGCCCUGGCUCCGAUCAACAUGGCCCUGAGAUUGAGAAGCUCCAAGUUUCGUCAUGUUUUCGGCUCUCAGUGUAGGCGCGAGCACACAUUUGAAAAUGUGCGCAUCACCCGCAACACACAUGACAGCAACUUCUGCAGCGUGAACCCCAGGUUUUUGGCCAUUGUGACUGAGAGCUCAGGGGGAGGCAGCUUUGCCAUUUUAGAUGUCAAUAGACCUGGGAGAGUGGAUGUGAACUGCCCAAAAGUUUGUGGCCACGCUGGGGCUGUACUGGAUGUCAAAUGGAGUCCAUUCAAUGACUGUAUCAUAGCCUCAGGCUCAGAUGAUGCCACUGUGAAGGUAUGGACUAUACCAGAUGCAGGACUGUUGGGGACCUUGACUGACUGGUCAGCUGACCUGCAUGGUCACUCCCGCAGGGUGGCAUACGUAGACUGGCACACCAGUGCUGCCAACAUACUUAUGUCUGUGGGCUUUGAUUUUAAGAUCAUGAUCUGGAAUGUGGAGCAGGCAGAACCCAUCACUUGUAUAGACAGCCACAGUGACACCAUCUACUCAGCUUCCUGGGGAAGGGAUGGCAGUCUCAUAGCCUCCACUUGCAAGGACAAGAAGAUUCGCAUCAUGGACCCACGGCUGGCCAAAGUGGCAGUGGAGUUUGAAGGUCACCAGAGCACAAAAACCUCGAAAGUGGUCUUUGUGUCCGAUAACCAGAUCUUUACUACAGGCUUCUCAAGGGCUAGCGACAGGCAGUAUGCAUUGUGGGAUGUGAGGAAGAGUGGCCACCCCCUGUCACUGACUGACAUUGAUUGUGCCAGUGGGAUUUUACUGCCGUAUUAUGAUGCUGACACAAAAGUGGUUUAUUUGGCUGGAAAGGGUGAUGGCAACAUCAGAUACUUUGAAAUUGACACAGAAGAAAGUGAAAUCUAUUUCUUAAACACAUACCAAUCAGCACUACCACAGAGGGGGUUAGGCAUGAUGCCAAAACGAGGCAUUGACCCAUUUAAAAAUGAAGUGGCCAGGUUUUAUAAGCUCCAUGCAUCCAAAAACCUGGUGGAACCUAUUUCUAUGAUCGUACCUAGAAAGGCGGAAGGGUUCCAGCAUGAUGUGUAUCCACCCACUGCCAGUACCAUCCCCUCAUUGACAGCAGAUGAGUGGACUAGUGGCAUCAACAGAGGUCCCAUUUUAAUUAAUUUAGAGAAUGGGACAAUACUUGACAAGCCUCGGGUAUCCAUGUCUUCUGCUGUCCAGCCCCAGUUAAGUUCUCUGAGCAAGCCGCCACAGAUAACAACCUACCGAGCCAUCAAUCGUACAGCCGCACCCUUCUCUGCAGCCCCGCCCACUACACAGAGAAUCUCCCCAGAGGGUCAUGCUCCAGUGGUUUUCAGAACACCCUCCCCAAUGUCUGCACCCAGCCAAUGGAAUGGCUCGGAGAAACAUGAACCAGCUUCUAUCAAAAACAUCCGCAGGCUUAGUGGUCAUAGGGAGGAUGGGGAUAGUGAUUCAUCCGUAUCCUCAUCCACCCCUGGAGCCCUGACCACAGCCCUGACCACAGCCGUGACCACAGCCCAUGGCAGACCCUCACCAGCCUCCCUGCCUCUGGCUAGCAGCCACGUUGUCCACCACGUCAAUGGCCACACAGGAGACCCCUCAGCUGGGGACCAUCUGGUAUCAUCAAGUGUGAGUAGUUCUAAGCCAGUGAGUUCUUCACGUUUUGUCCAAGCUCGUUUUGGUCGCAGCAAUGGACCUCAGAGAGCCAACACAAUUUCUGGUGGUGCUGAGCAUGUUAGCGCUGUUCAGAUGGUCAUUGGUCAGCCCUCAGCUACAUCACACACCAACGCUAUUCAUGUUCGUAAAGUCUGGUCGCCACCUGUAUCUGCCGCUGCCUCCCCCUCCCCCACGCUGUCUGCAAGGUACGGAGUUAAUCCCCCUAGCAGUGACCCUGAGUUAAAGAAGGCCUACUUCCGUCAGCUGGAGGAGAUUGCCAGUCUACAGGAGCAGCUGCAGGUCAAAGACAGGCGCAUCAAACAGCUAGAGAUGGAACUCUCCCACAUGAGGGAGCGAGAAUCUGACCUCCGACCUGGAGAAAGUAAUUGUUGAUUUCUCUGAUGGCAAGACUUGAAUUUUGGUGCUAAAGCUGGACACUGAAGGGAAGCAACACAUUGUGGCAUUACCUCCCUUGUGGACAGCUGUUUAUACCUGGAGACUUUCAGUUGCUUCACUGUGACAGUCCUUGACCUUAGUAUGUGCUCACCAGCCUUGACUUUAGUAGGUGGUGACAGUACUAAUGUAUGUGGUCACUAUGGUGACAGUACUAAUGUAUGUGGUCACUAUGGUGACAGUACUAAU